ACAUACAUGAUUUUAGUUGCUUAAAAAACACUCCUAAACCAUAAUAAACCGUAUACGCGUUGAAGGGGAGUUUCGCAUUUCAGAAUUAUCAUCGAGAGCGGACGAUUGACUUCAAGUUUGAAAAGGCAGCAGCCAAUUCCAAAUGGCAAUUGCCCCACCACCUCCUCCGCCCUUCCUCAUCCAAUCACUCACUCUCCCGCUCCUAUUCCUCCUCUUUCUGCUUCCUCCCCUCCAAUCCCACUUCGCCACGUCACCCACCAUCGAACUCCCCAACAACCCCACCACCACCAUCUCCGUCGCCGACUACGGCGCCGUCGGCGACGGCCUCCGCUACGACACCAUCGCCAUCCAGUCCGCCAUCGACAGCUGCCCCUCCCCUUCCCCCUGCCGCGUCACCUUCCCCGCGGGCCGCACCUACCUCACCGCGACCAUCCGCCUCAAAUCCGGCGUCGUAUUAGACAUCCAAGAAGGCGCGACGCUCCUGGGCGGCCCCAGGCUCGAGGACUACCCGAAGGAGCAGAGCAAGUGGUACGUGGUGCUGGCGGAGAAUGCGAUCAACGUCGGAAUCAGCGGGGGCGGAGUGGUGGACGGUCAGGGGUUGAAGUUUGUGACGAGGUUCGAUGAGAGGAAGAAUGUGAUGGUGAGCUGGAAUUGGACCGGGGCUUGCUUGGGCGACGAGUGCCGCCCCAGGCUUGUCGGCUUCAUCAACUGCCGGAAUGUCAAUCUCUCCAAUCUCAAGCUGCGUCAGCCCGCUUACUGGUGCUUGCACAUUGUACAGUGCGAGAAUAUUUUCAUUGAAGAUGUUUCAAUUUAUGGAGAUUUCAACACACCCAACAAUGAUGGGAUAGAUAUCGAGGAUUCAAAUAACACAGUGAUUACCAGAUGCCAUAUUGAUACUGGAGAUGAUGCUAUCUGUCCCAAGACGUACACUGGCCCCCUUUAUAACUUGACUGUAACAAAUUGUUGGAUUCGAACAAAGUCUUCGGCAAUCAAACUUGGCAGCGCUAGUUGGUUCGAUUUCAAGGGUCUGGUGUUCGACAACAUCACCAUUGUGGAUUCUCAUAGAGGGCUGGGACUCCAAAUACGCGAUGGAGGAAAUGUGAGUGACAUUACCUUCUCAAACAUAAAUAUACGCACAAGAUACUAUGAUCAAUCCUGGUGGGGAAGAGCGGAGCCAAUCUACGUGACCACAUGUCCUCGACACUCAAAGUCAAAGGAGGGUUCAAUCUCUAACCUACUCUUCGUUAAUAUCACCUCAACUUCCGAGAAUGGAGUAUUCUUGUCAGGUUCUAAAGGCGGGCUUCUCCGUGAUUUACGAUUCAUUAACUUGGAUCUGACUUACAGAAGAUGGACCGAUGAUGCUGGUGGGUUGGUAGACUACAGACCGGGAUGCCAGGGUCUUGUUAAACACAGCAUGGCUGGGAUCGUCAUGGAACACAUCAAUGGCUUGGUGAUUGACAAUGUUAAUAUGAGAUGGUCCGAUGAUCCGUUAAGGCAAUGGAAUGAUCCUUUGGAUUUCAGGUCUGCUACUGUAAAUAACAUAUCUCUGCUUAAUUUCCACCCCGCCUUGUACAAACAAUGAAAGAGGUGGAUAGAGAGAGAGAGAGAUUAGGAAGAAGUAUUGAAUGAUGUCAUUCUUCUGAUUGUACGUUGGUGAUGGUUUGUUCAAAGCUUUUGUUAGAUUAAAGGCAUGAAUGUUUGUUCAA